AUGGCUGACAAAGCUGCAUGCUGUCACGUGUCUGACGACUCACAGGUAAUCACGGAGGAGGAGAGGUCUGCUGCCGACCAGGCCAUUCUCAAGGAAACCCUCACCUACGCGGGCUACACCUCCUUCGCCCUCGCCUUUAUCGUCGUUACCAUUUGCUUCGUGACUGACCCGAGGACCUGCAUCAUCGCCUUCGGGUCAGGGAGUCCGUGCUGUCUGCUGUGUCCCUGUUACAGGAACCUGAUGAAGUACACAGACCCCGCUAAGCUAGUCAAGGCUAACGUGAAUCUCUAUGUCCCUGGUAUUUACAUAGAGAAGGGGGGUCGACUGAGACAAUAUCCACCCUCACCAGAAGAAUUGGAAUGUCUAUAUGACCUGGUCUCGGAGUUCAUGACUAUAGAAUAAUACGUGUUUCACGGCGAAAUAAAGUUUCA